AAGCAGAUCCAAGUUUACAAGACCUUUUUGAUAAAUUAGUAAAGACGUUGGUUCUUGAUAACAGAUCUGCAUAUAAUAAAAUUAAGAUAAUUGUGAGCUUAUUUUAUAUUAUAGCUGGAAUGCAAAAUAAGUUUGUUAAUGAUUUAAAAUUAGAAGUUGGAUUAUAUUUAUCAGCAUCAGAAGCAACACAUAAUGCAAUUGAUACAAUGAAUAGUGUUGGAUUUUCUGCUUGUUAUAUAAUAGUUGAUAAUUUAAAUAUAAACUUAUAA